AUGCGUAAGCUUCCCAGCCACAAACCGGGUCCUGACAUUUUUAGCUUCCCCAUUUCCCCAUUCUACCCUUCUCAUGUAAGCUACGCAGAAGCGGCACUGUACCGAGAGGCCCUGUUUGAAGAUCAGUUUUGGCAUUGGCUUCGCGGGCGUGGGAACAAAUUACGGAAGCUCCAGUUGUAUCGUGCGAUGGCGAUGCAGCUUCGCGCAGUACUUGCGUUGUCUGCAACACUGGCGCACGUGGUGUUUGGUGUGCAGCUCGCAGUGAACGUGUCAGAUGCCGUAAAGGCCAACACCAGCACUGCUUUGGUACAGCAUGCCGGCGUCACUGCACCAUCACUGCCUGACGUCUUGGAUCUUCAGCCAGGCGAUCUACGCUCCUCGUGGCGUCACGCCUUUCGGGCGGAGGUGGGCAUUUUCUUGACCGUGGUUGGAAGUAUUUGUGCCGCCUUCUUCAUCGGUGAGAUGUUUCAGUUCACGCUCUCAACAAGGAUCGGCCGGCGUGCUGGGCAAGCAGUCUACGUGCUCGGCGCACUGAUGGUGACUGUGGGCCAGGGCAUGCUCCUGACCGUCUCACUGCCCCUGGCAGAGUACCUGGGCUACUCCCCUGCAGCCUCCGGAUUCCUGUGUUCCACCACCAGCCUAGGUGCAUUAGCAGCACAAGCUGGUAUGGCCUACCUCGUGCCGGCGACAGUCUUGACCAACAGUUCUCAUGACUUCCUACGAAGGCGUGCCAUUGCCAGCACCUUCUUGCAGCUCAUGUUCCACACCCUCUUUGUCAUCGCACUUUGUGUUCCGUUGUCGGACACGGCACGGUGGUACUGCUUGAUCGUGUCCAGGAGCUUCGCGGGAGGCUUUGCUGGCCUCAGCCUCCUCUUUGGCGGUUUCCUCGCCUUUGCCAUGACACCCGGGCACGAGAUGCUCAAUUUGCAGACAGCUGUUCAAGGCGCCUACGGGGUGGGUCAGUGUUUGGGCAACCUCGUCUCCUCCUUUGCCCUGGUUCUCGUGCACCUCACAGGCAGCGAGAAGACCGAGGAAGCUUUGGAAGCCGGGGCAGCGCCCGUGAUGCUGUUUGUCCUGAUGCUACUCUUCCUGCUCGGUAUUCUGAUGCUCCUGGUGCCGCGCGGGUCCGCGCAGUCUGCCCCCGAGGAGAAGGAGGCCCAUCGGAGCCCCAAGAACGACGCAGUCGCGAGCCUUGUGGGGUCGGAUCGUACCGCUCUCUUCCGCGCAGGGAUCGUCUACAACUUUGAGCGAACCUUCUCCGUGGCCUCCAUAGAAGUAGCGACCACCAUGAUCUCCCAGGUGGAGUUCGGCUUCACGCCCCUGAUCACCGGAUGGAUCUUCGGCGCCAUCGCGGCGGGAUCCUUUCUGGCCAACAUCAUCGUAGCAUGCACUCCCCCAGAUGUGGACUUCCGCGCGAUACUGAUGCUGUGUUUUGCCUUCGUGGGUGUCGCGACAGCUCCAUUCCUGAUGAACUUCUGGCCCUGGUGGUCGUUGUACGCUGCCGACGCGCUGAUGAUGACCAUGACCAUGGCAGCCAAUGGAAUCUCGGACGGCCUCUGCAUCCUCUUCGCAACUGGUGAAGAGGGAUACAGCCGACAGGCCUUCAUCAACCAGAAGAUGCUGAGCAUGGCCGUGGCCAAGGUCAUUGCCGCACCCAUCGCUCGGGGGCUCCUCCCCUGGAUGGGCCGGAACGGCUACGCCUCCGUGCAGUUGCUGGUGACCCUGGCCGGCUUUUUCGGCAUCCACAAGAUGUACCGCAUCAUCUCAUCCCGGAAGCGCUAG